GGUGAGGUCUGGAACCACUAACCCGGUUGUACACUUAUCACCAUGGUUGGGACCCGUAGUGGGUUAGAGACUAGCCCCUAUAGUAAGGAGCAGCAAGAAAAGAUGGCCGCCUUAGUCCAAGAGAACAGGGAGAGAAAAAAGCGUGAGAAGCAAGCGAAGCUAAAGACUAUCGCAGACGAGCAAGCGGUGAAGAUGAAGAGGUUGGAGGAGGAGAUGAAGAGAGUGCAACAAGAGGAGGAAGAAAGAAGAAAAGUUGCUGAAGCAGAAGCGGCAGCAGAAGAAGAGAAAGAGAGAAUGAGAAUUGAGAGUGGAGAAGGGAGCAACAGUGGUGGCACGAUGAAGUGGGAGACAGAUAUUGAGCUGGAGAAGAAGAUCAACGAGUGGGUCGCUAAUUUAUCGUUGGGGGAAGACGAGGAGGCGGAGUCCUAUGUGACUAAGGAUGAGAAGGCUGCGCUGUCCGCUGAGCUAGCAGCCAUGACAGACCCGAUGGAACGAAGAGAGAGGGAAGACGAGCAAAAGUUAGCAUGGAAGCUGAAAAUGAAGAGGGAGAAGAAGAGGAGGAGAGAGGAAGUGAAUAAGAUGACCGCAGUAGUGGCAAAGGUGCAGGAGUGUAGAGCGGAGGUGCUGGCCCAGCCAGAUGAUAAGGCCAAGUGGGACAAAGUACUGGGCUACCUAGAGGUGUUAAGCAAGGCCUGGAUGGAGGAGCGUCAGGCCAGCUGGAACCAAGACGUCGCGUUGAGUGCCAUGCGGUCCUGUUUCAGGGAUUUUGCGUGCGAAAUCGUCACCCACAUUGGGGGCGAAGUCAAACAGUUGAGAGACAAUGUAGGGAAGUUUUGUGAGGGCGCCAUUCAGGGUGCCAAAGUUGUAGUCGCUGUAGAGGGAGAGGCCAGACCCCGUAAGGACCCAGUGAAACUUAAGUUCCCAGAUGCGUACGGGGGAAAGAAGGAAGAAAACUUGGACAACUGGGAAGCCAGUGUCAAUAGUUAUAUUUACUUACAGCACAUCCUGAUGGAGGAACAAGUCCUCGUGGCCUUCCAGGCCCUCAAAGAUGAAGCGGCUAGUUUCGCCAAGUCUCUUGCGCGUACAGUCGGUUGUGAAAACAACCUGGUUGCAUAUUCCAAAGUCACCCCUCUUUCCCAAUUCCUCAAGCUCCUCAAGGAGCGUUUUGUUGACCCAACGCGAGGCAUUAGAGCCUCUGACAAGCUGCAAACGAUCCACUCACGGCAGUGGAGGAGUGCCAGGGCACUCAAGGGUACCAUGGACGACUUAGUGGUCGUCCCGGACCAUGGGGUCACUGAGACCCAGUUGGUCCAAUUGUUUUAUCGUGCCAUACCAGAGGCCCUGCGCGGGCAUUUCUUUGACAAAUCUCAACAGGCCGGCAUCACAUAUGAUGCAUUCAGUAGGGAAGUCGUCCUGUAUGAGUCAAAGUCCAUGCCAGUUACCACCUUCUGGCACAAGGACUUGGAGAAGGGAAAAGGGUGGAAAGGGCAUACCAUCUCUGGCCAAGUCAAGGCCAAGGAUCAUAUGAUCCUUACCUUAGAGGAAGGUGGUACUGAUGAGGUCCCAUACAGUCAGAUAGAGUGGGGCCUCGAGGAUGAUGGCAGUAGUGUGGGACAAGGGAGGUCUUAUGCUGUUGUCGCGGCUGGAGGGAAGCCGCAAGGUAGAGGAGGAGGCCAGGGCCAAAGGGGCCAGGCCAUGGGAGGCCGUGGGCCGGGCGCACAUGGGGUUGGCGGCCAAGGAAACCGCCAAGUGGGAGGCGAGGUUAAGACUGCCCGCUUGUUCCAUGUGUCUGGUGUAGAUAACACCUUGGCACAUUGUUGUCUCAGUGCUCCCGCGUUCGCGCAAUUAGUAAAGAAGGAGCAGUUAGAAGACCAGGUCUUUGUAGUUUAUGUUAGACCUGUCACUGAGGCCCAGGAAAAGGAUAGUUCCACAGAUCCAACAAUUGCCAAGUUGCUGGAAGAAUUCAAAGACUUGACUGAGUUGCCGACAGGAGUAGUGUCGCGACCCAUCCAGCACAGGAUAGAGAUAGAGCCUGGCAGUAGAACUCCUAAGGGUGCAGUCUACAGGAUGUCCCCUAGAGAGUUAGAGGAGCUUCGCAAGCAGUUAGACGAGCCUGGCAGUAGAACUCCUAAGGGUGCAGUCUACAGGAUGUCCCCUAGAGAGUUAGAGGAGCUUCGCAAGCAGUUAGACGAACUCCUUGAGAAAGGUCGGGAUCUUUACAGAUACUGUACAUAGGUAGGGUGAGGUCUAGGGAUCGAACCCUGGAUACUGCAUCCGCUACUGCUAAAAGGUGAAAACCGUU